AUGGCGAGAAAACAGUUGGUAGGGUUUGGUGGCAGCGGCCCGGGGGAGGAAGCCGGAGGAGGUUUCAUCAUUCAUACGUCAACAGGGUUGCUCUUGCUUUGCAUGGUUAUUUUCUCCCUCUCUCUUAUAUCAAUGGUUAUUUUCGCUUGUGGUGAUGGCAACUCAGGAAAGCGUCGCAGACGUUCUGGAGGUGGAGCUGGAGGUUUAGGUGGAGGUUGUGGGGGUGAGGGAAAGCGUCGCAGACGUUCUGGAGCUGGAGGUGGAGGUUGUGGGGGUGAGGGUGGAGGUUGUGAAGGUGGUGGUGGAGGUGGAGGUUGUGGGGGUGGGGGUGGAGGUGGAGGUUGUGGGGGUGGGGGUGGGGGUGGAGGUUGUUGA